UCCUAGAUGAUGAUCCCGGACCAACCACAUUAUCUAUCUUAUGUUAUUUUUAUCAUAUGUUUUAUGUUUUGAAUAAUUUCGAAAACUUGGUCUUUGUUUAGUUUCCAAGGGAGCCUGUUCCCUUUAUUUUUAUUUCUAUUUUCGAGACCUUGUGCAUGUACAAGGGCCUCUCUUUAUAUUCUGGUCGUGACCCCCCAUGAUCAUUAAGCAAUCUUUUAUCAAAAACCCUUUUCUCUCUUCUCUCUUGUCUUGGUUGAGUUGAAGUGUGUCUAGUGUGUAAUAGCCAUUCUGUUGGUGUGUAAUAUCCAACACCCAAGGGCUUGAGAGAGGUGUGUCAUAUCCGAUCUAAGCCUAGGAGUAUCAAGAAGCCUUUCCGCAGCCUCUUGUGUCACCAUUCGAUCCACAUUCCUUGAGAAGCUUGAGUCUUUUGAUUCGUUUCUGCAAGGAUUAUCCCAUCUGUUCCAGAGCAUCAUCCUAGGAUCUCAUCAAGUGGUAUCAGAGCAACUUUGGAAGGUAGCAUGGCAGGAGAUCAGAAAGGAAAACUUACUAAGGAUGAAAGGUUGAUACUUGAAGAAAUGACUACGAGAAUGGAGAAGAUGAUGGACUCCAAACUUGAAUCUUUUCACCAUGAGCUACAUUCAUCCAAGAAUCAAAGGCAGAAAAGAACAAGAAAAGAGGAAACCAAGAUGGCUGAUUAUGAGAAAAAAAUCAGCAGCAUUGACAAGGAGAUUAUUAACAUCAUCAAGCACUUAAACAAGCAGAAGAAGCUCAUAAAGCAUCAAGAACCAGUUGCUACUGUUUCAGAACUCAAUGAUGCAGAACCAGACUCAGCUGCCCCAAUUCAAGAAGCUCAAAACAAAACAUCUAUGGGAAAAGGAAAGUUUGAGAAAGAACAAGAGUUUUCUCUGUUCUUACCUCACUCUGAAUCUAAUUUUGAUAAUUCCUUUGAUGAACUAACUUGUCUUGAACCGGUGCAACCGAGUAGAAUUGAUUCAGUGUCACAGGUUGCAAAAGAAGACUCAGCAGAAAAAGAACCAGAGAGUACAACACAAGAAGAACAACAGAAAAACUUGCAGACAGAAUCAGCUCAUGAAUCUUUGUCUUAUGAUCUGCAAGAGCAUUGUAAUGAGUUUAAUAUGGUUGCUUUUGUGCCUGGAAUGUUUGUUAAAGUGAGUACUGAAGACAUAAAACGUUUUGGUCUUGAUAAAGUAAAAGAUUUUUGUGUUUCAAAAUCUGUUUUUGUUAACAUGUUUAAAUCUUUUAAAGAACUUAAACCAGAAAUCAUCUUUGAUCAAAAACGUUUUCAAAAUCAAAAUAAUAACAUUUCUGGUCAUAUUCUGAGUUUUGAUCAUUUUCUGAAACAUGGCAAAAGUUUUGAUCAUUUUGAAAAUGUUUUAUAGCUUGAAUUGAAACAAUCUGAUUUCUG